AUGACCCACAACAAAACAGCUAUCUUAUCUGUCUACGACAAGACUGGACUCUUGGACUUGGCUAAGGGAUUGGUUGCCCUGAACGUCAGAAUCUUGGCCUCUGGAGGUACUUCCAAGUUAAUCCGUGAAGCUGGGUUCCCUGUGGAAGACGUCUCAUCUGUCACCCACGCCCCUGAAAUUUUGGGCGGUAGAGUCAAGACCUUGCACCCUGCCGUGCACGGUGGUAUUUUGGCCAGAGACUUGAAGAGCGACGAAGACGACUUGGUUGCUCAAGGGAUCGAAAAGGUUGACUUCGUUGUCUGUAACUUGUAUCCAUUUAAGGAAACGGUUUCCAAGGCCGCUGUCACCAUCCCAGAAGCUGUGGAAGAAAUUGAUAUUGGUGGUGUCACCUUGUUGAGAGCAGCCGCUAAGAACCACGCAAGAGUUACCAUCUUGUCUGACCCUAACGAUUACUCUGAGUUCUUGAAGGAAUUGAAGAAAUCCGAAGACGGAUCCAUUGACCUGCUGAUCAAAAACAAGUACGCCUUGAAAGCCUUUGAACACACCGCUGAAUACGACGCCACCAUCUCUGACUACUUCAGAAAGCAAUACCUGGAAAACGUUUCCCAAUUGCCAUUGAGAUACGGUGCCAACCCUCACCAAAAGCCUGCCCAAGCCUUUGUAAGCAACGGUAUAAACGAAUUACCAUUCAAGGUCCUUGGUGGUUCCCCAGGCUACAUUAACUUGUUAGAUGCUUUAAAUUCUUGGCCUUUGGUUAAGGAAUUAUCCGCAUCCUUAAACUUACCAGCUGCUGCCUCAUUCAAGCACGUUUCCCCAGCAGGUGUCGCUGUCGGCUUACCAUUAUCUGACAUUGAGAAGAAGAUUUACUUUGUUGAAGACAUUGAAAACUUGUCUCCACUAGCCAAUGCUUAUGCCAGAGCAAGAGGUGCCGACAGAAUGUCCUCCUUCGGUGAUUGGAUCGCUCUUUCCAACAUUGUAGACUUGCCUACUGCUCAAAUUAUUUCCAAGGAAGUCUCUGACGGUGUCAUUGCUCCAGGUUACUCUCCUGAAGCCUUGGAAAUCUUGAAGAAGAAGAAGGGUGGUAAGUACUGUAUUUUACAAAUCGAUCCAAACUACACCCCAGAAGCCAUUGAAUCUAGACAAGUCUACGGUAUCACUUUACAACAAAAGAGAAAUGAUGCCAUCAUCAAGUCAUCUUCAUUCAAGGAAAUUGUAUCUAAGAACAAGGACCUCAACGAACAAGGUGUUAUCGACUUACUCGUAGCCACCAUCGCUCUUAAAUACACCCAAUCCAACUCUGUCUGUUACGCCAAGAACGGUAUGGUUAUUGGUUUAGGUGCUGGUCAACAAUCUCGUAUCCACUGUACCAGAUUAGCCGGUGACAAGGCCGACAACUGGUGGUUCAGACAACAUCCUAAGGUUCUCGGAUUCAAGUGGGCCAAGGGUGUCAAGAGACCAGAAAAGUCAAACGCCAUUGAUUUGUUCGUCACCGGACAAAUCCCAACCACCGAACCAGAAAAGACCGAAUACGAAUCCAAAUUCGCUGAAUUGCCAACCCCAUUGACUGAAGAGGAAAGACAGGAAUGGUUAGGUAAAUUGACCGAUGUCGCCCUUUCAUCAGAUGCCUUCUUCCCAUUCCCAGAUAACGUUUAUAGAGCUGCUAGAUCCGGUGUUAAAUACAUUGCUGCACCAUCUGGUUCAGUCAUGGACAAGGCUGUCUUUGCUGCUGCAGAUUCAUUCGACAUUGUUUAUGUCGAAAACCCAAUCCGUUUAUUCCACCAUUAA